AACGUAAACCCAAGGCAAUUCAAAGCUAGAGAAGGGAGAUUCAUGGCUAUUUCUUACCAAAAACGGGAGAAAAUCACACCCCACAAAGCAGGAGUAGCCGGCGGUGAAAAGGAGGAGCAGAGCAGAUCCGGAAUUUCCAGCAGGGGGGAUCACCUAAGUGAAACAGAUGACGAAAGAACACCAACUGGGUCAACAGAACCUGCUCAGACAACCAAGCUUGAAGAGAGAACCAGAGUUCUCGAAAUGGCAAUGGGUAAAAUCCUUGCCCAUCUGAUUCCUGAUGACCCCCUGAUUCCUUUGUUGAACAGGGAUGCACAACCAGCUACGGUUGUUGCAACUAAAAACUCCCCCGCUCUAAGCAACAUAGUAGUGCCGACCAGGCUAAGGGGAAGUGGGAAGCUGAAUAACGAGCCCAGCUCGUCAAAACAUAAUGAAGAGCUGAUGAGGAAAAAUGCAGACCUAGAAAGGCAGCUAAGGGACGUACAGAAAUCUAUCGACGAGUUGAAAAGUCCCAGGUCGCACCAACAGACUCUUGAUUUGGACAGCGCUCCUUUAAACCUAUCCAUUACAACAGAGCCGUAUCAAGAGGGAUUCAAAAUUCCCCACCUUGAGACAUAUGAUGGCUCGGGCGACCCUAAUGAACAUCUGCACACUUAUCAAGCCAUCAUGAGAAUCCAGAAUGCUAAUGAUGCCAUGAUGUGCGAAGUGUUCCCAGCAACACUCAAGUCAACAGCCAGGAGAUGGUAUCACAAACUCCCCAGACAUUCCAUAGACUCAUAUUCCCAGCUCGCCAAGCUAUUCUCCAACAAAUUUGCGAGCCAAAGGGAGAUUAAACGUACAGCGACUGAACUAAUGCAGCUUGGCCGGUUUUUGGACGACCUGCUAGAGAAUCCACCCAAGUCGUGGAAUGAAGUAAAUGACAGGUCGGCAAGCUUCAUAUUGUCCGAAGAUUUUCAAUCUUCUAAGAGACAAGCUGAUGACAAGCAAGGAAAAGAGCUCAAGCAACCUGAAAACAGAGAUGACAAGAAGAAACAGAAGAUACAGCACUGGGUCAAGAGACCCCCUCCACAAACGCACGAUUCUUCACGAGAUGACAGAAGCAAAUACUGCGACUAUCACCGUGUCUACGGCCAUAACACAGAAGACUGUCAGAGUUUGAAGGAUGAGCUCGAAUUCUUGGCUCGCAAUGGGAAAUUGGAGGGGUAUGUGCAGAAGCCUUUUGUUCGGCAACCCACCCAGACCCACUUUGUACAAGAGUACGGCCGAUCUCAAGCACCUGGAUAUCAGCUCGGUAACAAUCCAAAUUCUUACCAGGCAGGUCCGUACUCAUCUGAGCCGAACAGAGCAUACAGGGGACGCCCAUUCAGUAGGCGUGGGCAAGGACAGAAAGCACCUACACAGAAUCAAAAUGACCACAGAGGGGUUGGGUAUGGUGGAAUACCCCCACCAUCUGGCACAAUCAAUAUGAUCUUUGGUGGUAUGCACUCAGGGGGCCAGAGUGCCCGGGCCCGCAAGGCAUAUGCCCGCCAGGUGAUGACAGUCAACAAAAACAGGCCCUUGAAGCGGCCGUUUGAGGAGGCAGAGUGGGAGAAUGCAGCUAUCACAUUCAGCCCAGUAGAUUAUAAGCGAGCAGACGGAGAACCCAACGUUAUGAUGCCUCACGCAGAUCCAUUUGUGGCAGCGGUCCAUAUAGGUAAUCAUAACGUCAACAAUGUCUUUAUUGAUACGGGUAGCUCACCAGAUAUCAUUUACUGGAGCUGCUUCCAGAAGAUGCAGUUGAACCCGAGCUCGCUGCAGAAAUAUGAAGGACCCAUCUACGGGUUUGAUAAUCAACUCGUCCCGGUGGAAGGGGUCAUAACGCUACCCAUCUAUGUGGGUUCAGAACCACGCUUCAGGAUGGCUUCAGUUAGCUUCCUGGUCGUCAAAAUGGAGUCAGCCUUCAACGCCAUAUUAGGAAGGGCUACUCUGUGCGAGCUGAAGGCUGUUAUUUCACAGCCCCAUCUCUGCAUGAAGUUCCCAACGCCUCAAGGGGUUGGGGUGCUAAAGGGGAAUCAGAGGAUGGCCAGGGCAUGUUAUCAGGAUACGUUUAAGAAGGUUGAGCUCGCUGUAGCCCCUAGGAGCUCUGAAAGUAGUAGGCUGACUCAGCCCGGCCAACGGACAAUGAGCAUAUCGGACAUUAAGCAUAGACCUGAGGGUGUCGAGCAGAAAGCAGAGCCAAUAGAGCCAAUAGAAACCGUUCCUUUAAACCCUGAUGUGCCGGAAAGAACAGUUAAGAUUGGCACCAAGCUCACAGAAGAAGAACGAACAGAGCUUCUGGAGUUUUUGAGGGUCAAUCAAGAUGUGUUCGCAUGGACUACUGAUGAAAUGCCUGGCAUCCCAACGGAGUUGACAGUCCACAAACUCAGCACGGACCCCACCAGAAGGCCGGUGGCAGGCUUCAUCAGGAGAGUGGAAUACUUUGAGUGGGUGUCCAACCCUAUGCUCGUCAAAAAACCGAAUGGCAAGUGGAGGAUGUGUAUUGACUUCACCAACCUAAAUGAGGCAUGUCCAAAAGACCCUCACCCCUUGCCAAAUGUUGAAAAGCUAGUAGAGCGGGCGACCGGGCAUGAGCGGAUGAGUUUCCUUGACGCUAGCUCAGGAUAUCACCAGGUUCAGUUACUGCUAGAUGACCAGGAGAAAACAGCCUUCUAUGUUGGUGACACGAUCUACUGCUAUGUCAUGAUGCCGUUUGGCUUGAAAAACGCUGGCGCUACAUAUCAAAAGCUGGUGCAAAUCAUCUUCAAGCUGCAGAUCGGCAAGAACAUAGAAGUAUAUGUGGAUUACAUGAUAAUCACCAGUGCACGAGCGGAGGAUCAUAUAGACGACCUGAGUGAGACCUUUCAAAACUUACGCCGAGCCCAAAUGAAGCUGAAUCCCCUGAAGUGCACGUUCGUUGUAGAAUCAGGAAAAUUCCUAGGAUUCAUAGCCAGGUCGGCGGAAAGGUGCCUACCGUUUUUCAAAGCCUUGCGAGAGCCCAAGCAUUUUCAAUGGACUGAUGAGUGUCAACGGGCAUUUGACGAGCUCAAGCAGUAUCUGGCAUCUGCACCCCUGUUGUCCAAGCUUGUGGAAGGGGAGAAUUUAUACCUAUACAUGGGGGUUACAGGAGAGGCAGUGAGCUCAGCCCUGCUCAGGGAAGAGAAUAAGAAUCAGAAGCCUAUCUGCUACAUGAGUAAGGUUUUACAAGGUGCAGAGCAGAACUACCCAUUAGUAGAAAAGGCUGCCUUUGCCCUAGUUUACACAGCUCGUAAGUUGAGGGCUUACUUCCAAUCACAUCAGAUCAUUGUCUAUACCGACUUGCCAUUGAGAAAAAUACUGCAGAAACCUGAUCUCUCUGGUCGGCUUAUUAGGUGGAGCGUUGAGUUGAGUGAAUAUGACCUCAAAUUUCGGCCGCACACAACCAUAAAAGGCCAGGCUGUUGCAGACUUUCUGGUGGAGUGCAUCUCAGCAACUAUGGAAGAAAAAGCACCCGAACACCCAGCCUGGGUUUUGUAUGUUGAUGGAGCAGCUAACAUUGAAGGGUCGGGUGCUGGGGCUGUGUUAGUGGGCCCAGAUGGCUUUAAGUCUGAGCACGCACUGAGGUUUAAGUUUCAGACGACUAAUAACGCUGCAGAAUAUGAAGACCUCAUUUACGGACUGAAGCUGGCGUUCGAACUGAAGGUACAAAGCAUUCAGGUUUUCAGCGACUCUCAGCUCGUUGUGGGCCAGGUGAAUGGCAGUUAUGAAAUCAGGGAUCCCCAACUCGGUCGUUAUGCCUCUGUGGUCAACAGAUUGAAGUCGAUCUUUGUCAUUUUCCAAAUUGAUAAAAUACCAAGGGCAGAUAACCACCGAGCUGACCAGCUGUCAAAGUUGGCCUCCUCGCAGGACAUUAACCCUCAGAGAUCAACAAUUGUCAAGGUACUCGACGCACCAAGCUACACUGAUUUCACAGUCGAGUGUCAGUUGCUAAGCACAGAUCCCUCUACACAGAGCUGGACCACCCCGCUCAUAAAUUAUCUGCAAAGUGGUGAGAUACCUGAAGAUCCAUCUGCUUCCAAGUUGAUUAGACGUAGGGCGGCUCAUUUCACUUUGAUAGAUAAUCAGCUCUACAAGCGGGCAGCCUCUAUGCCCCUAUUACGUUGUCUCACUCCUUACGAAGCUGAAUAUGCUGUAAGAGAAGUCCAUGAAGGAGUAUGUGGCACACACAUUGGAGGCAAAACCUUGGCGCGGAAGCUCUUGAGGCAUGGGUAUUAUUGGCCGACUAUGGUCGAGGAUGCACAAAAUUAUGUCAAAAAAUGCUCGACCUGCCAGUUCAAUGCUGAUGACAUUCACAUGCCAGGGGACACACUCUCACCACUCUCAUCUCCAUGGCCUUUUGCUCAAUGGGGAGUCGACCUACUCGGCCUUUUUGUGAAAGGCAAAGGAGGUUGUACUUACCUCGUUGUCGCGGUGGAUUAUUUCACCAAAUGGAUAGAAGCUAAGCCGUUGUCCACAACAACAGAGAAGAAAAUAGAAGAAUUCUUGUUUAGCUCAAUAUUAUGCAGGUUUGGCAUACCCAAACGGAUCAUUGCUGAUAACGGUCCACAGUUCCGAGCCGCCGCACUGAGGUCAUUCUGCAACAACUAUGGCAUUGAGCUCUCCUUGAUCUCGGCCACAGGCGAAACCCCGUUCAGCCUGGCGUAUGGAGUUGAGGCCGUAAUCCCUGUCGAAGUCGGGUUGCCAUCUGCUAGAUCAGAUCAUCAUGACGAUCAGAAUAAUGGGCAACUCUUAAGAGAGAACCUAGACCUAGUGGAGGAAGUCAGGGAAAUGGCUCGAAUUAGAAACAUGGCGCACCAAAGUCGUGUUGCAAAGUUCUAUAACAAAAGAGUUCAAGCUCGGGGGCCACACGGACAGCCCCUCAUCAUUGAGCUCCCAUUUCAGCCUCACCCUGGUAUCUGCUGGAGGGGCGAGACUCUUCCCUUCACCAUCGAUCUCCUCGCCCUUGUAGAAGGCCAACUCGCCGAUCGGGAAGUCAGCCCGGACUUGCAACAGCUUCCCACGAAUCUCAUUGAAAAUGUCCGUGGUGGUGUUGGUAGAGGCGACUGCAACGGUGUCCUGGAACAUUUCUGCCCCCACCAGCCACUCAGCCCCCUAUGCAUGGGCAAAGCAAACGUCGCGCUGGUGAAGCCUCUUGGUGCUCUCCAGGGACGCCUCAGCCCGGGUGACAUGCUGCUUGAAUGUCACUUUCCUUCUCCACCUGAGCCUGUUGGAGCUUUUCCUUCAGCUCGUCUACCUUGCAAGCCAGCUCGUCAGCUCAGCUUUCAGUUGACGCCGCUCGGGUAUGCAAUCCUGGGCCCCGCCAUAGAUGACGUGGCUGGUACGACCUCGGCAACCUCACAAACUGGUGCUUGGGGCACGCUGGCAGGUCGCGCAGAAGCGGCUGAGGCACUCGGUACUCAAUUAAAUUUCAGCACGGCCUUUCAUCCUCAAACUGAUGGGAAAUCUGAGAGAACUAUUCAGAUACUUGAGGACAUGUUGAGGGCUUGUGUUAUAGAUUGGAAGGGUUCGUGGGAUCAACACUUAUCCAUGGCUGAAUUUGCAUACAAUAAUAGUUAUCAGUCCAGCAUCCGCAUGGCACCGUUUGAGGCUUUGUAUGGUCGAAGGUGUAGAUCACCUGUUUGUUGGACGGAAUUGAUCAAGGAACGCCUUCGUGUUGCACAAAGCAGGCAGAAAAGCUAUGUGGAUAGAAGGAGACAAGACCUUGAGUUUGAAGUUGGUGACCAUGUAUUUUUGAAGGUGUCACCCACUCGAGGUGUUCUCAGGUUUGGCAUCCGGGGAAAAUUGAGUCCGAGGUAUAUUGGACCAUAUCCCAUCUUGGAAAGGAUUGGCGAGGUAGCUUAUAAAUUGGAGUUGCCUGGGAAUCUAGCGGGUGUUCAUGAUGUGUUUCAUGUGUCCUUACUUCGGAAAAAAGCCACCGGAUCUACUUUGCUUCUCCCUUCCCUGCUACCGGCUGUUGCUGAGUAUAAGCUCCGGUUUUUCCUGUGGCCCCGUGGAAGUCCCCCAAUUUUUCCCGUCGGCUCUCCCCCAUACCGCCAGCUCCAGCCUUGCUUGCUGAGCAUUUCUGGUCCUUGAUUGUCCUGUGGCCUUAGCACUUGAAUUAGGCCUUCUGUCCUGUGUGAUUAAGUGGUGGCGGGAUUAAACCCGUUUUAUACAAAGUAAGUAUGAUUGAUUUGAAAUGAAAUUUUUAUGCUUUUCAUUAAAUUGAGCAUGCCUACUUGAGAUUUGAUUGAUUGUCCUGAUGAUUUGAAAGUGAUUGGUAAAGAAUGAUUUUCUGUGAACUUCUGCCUGUUUUGUCUCCGAUAUGGUUAUGUUAUUGAUUGUAAUCCUGCUAGUGGGGGUUAAACGCUAGCACAUGUUGACAUGUUAGUGAUAGAACCGGUAAUGAGACCCGACGCGUGGGAAGCCCGGGGGAGUGACGAGCUAGACGGCUAGGCACUUUUGGACUUAGGUUUUUGUAGCUAAGCCGUUAGUCACCCAUGCUUGACAUAGAAAUUUUUGUGUACAGAAUUUAGUGCUAGUCAUGAUUGUAUAUAUAUGAAGUGAUAAUUUUGUACAUUCGACUGGUAACUAUUUGGUAGAUUAAAAGGCUUAAAUCUGA